CGCGCGACGUGCCGCCUGUGUAAACCUACGCCACGGGAACACGGUAGCGCGUCAGCCCGCCACCGACAGCCCGCCACCGACAGCCCGCUAUGGUGUCCGUAGGCGCGUGGAGGCGCCGGUCUCCUGACGAAUGUGACGACCGCAACGAGCCCGGGGCCUCCAGCUCGGGAGUGCCGCGCGCGCCGCCCAACUGCGCCCGCUGUCGCAAUCAUCGGCUCAAGGUCGAGCUGAAGGGCCACAAGCGCUACUGCAAGUACCGGUACUGCACCUGCGAGAAGUGCCGUCUCACCGCAGACCGGCAGCGCGUUAUGGCCAUGCAGACGGCGCUACGGCGUGCCCAGGCGCAAGACGAGGCGCGCGCGCGAGCCGCUGAGCACGGACACCAACCGCCAGGCAUCGAGCUGGAACGAGGCGAACCGCCUAUAGUGAAGGCACCUCGAAGCCCCGUCGUGCCGGCGCCGCUGCCUCCUCGCUCGCUGGGCUCUUCCAGUUGCGACUCUGUACCCGGCUCUCCCGGGGUGUCCCCCUUCGCGCCGCCGCCGCCCUCGGUGCCGCCGCCGCCGAUUAUGCCGCCUCUGCUGCCUCCACAACAGCCCGCGGUGUCACUUGAAACUUUGGUGGAGAACUGUCACAGACUACUGGAGAAGUUUCACUACUCGUGGGAGAUGAUGCCUUUAGUCCUGGUCAUCUUUAAUUAUGCUGGCAGCGACCUUGACGAGGCAUCGCGAAAGAUAGAUGAAGCUCAAUGGGUGGUGCACCAGUGGCGGUUGUACGAGCGAUCACUAUGCUCCCUGCUGGAGCUGCAAGCACGCAAGGACACAUACUGCUGUUCUUCACAAUACGUGCUCACUCCGCAGUACGACCAGCACCUGGCGCCGCUGCAACUUACCACGCGGCGCAACUCGCCGCCGCCCGCGCACUUGUAGCGGUACGACCACGCGCCGAACUUGGCGGCGCCCGAUCCCACCGAGCCCCCGUCGACUUCGAGCUCGGCGGAAGGUGCCGGCGAUUCCUAAACGGGGCUGCGGCCGGCGCGUUUGGGACAACUUUACGCACCAAUGUGUUAGCACACUUAACCGCGAGUGCAACACCACCCUUGUGCGCGAGUGCGUAACCACUCUUAAGUGCGAAUUCCGGACUACAAAAUACCAUAGUGUUAGAUCUGUAUAGACAUACAAUCGUUUUUGUAUAUAUGUUACGUGUAACUUACGGGAUUUACUUAGUACCUAAUAGUUUUUAUAUAAUUUUUUGUCUAUUUUUAACGAGUCGAAUUACACAAAUAGAGUGAAUAAUUUUAUGACAGCGUUGUAUAGCGAAACAUUAUAAUAAUAGUAAUAUUAAGAUAUUCCAAAUGGUAAUUGAUAAAGGCCUGUGCCACACUACAUAGGAAGCGGCAUCGAAGCGAACCCGUAAUUGUUAUGAAUAUGGCAUUAUUAUUAUCUCAAACGAACAAUUUAACAACCGUUCUUUCAGUGGAAAAUAUAAUCUAACGUGAAUUAAACACACGGAAUUUUCCCGUUUUUUCAUUAUUUGGUAACGCUUCGCUUCGGUUCCUAUUAGCUUUCGCGGUUGUGUGCUAGGGCCUUAAAGUUUUAUUUUUCCGUUUUCAUUUCACUUUAAGAUAUGUAAAGGGACGAACAAUUUUAUUUUACAUACCAAAUACCAUGACUGAAGUCAUAAUAUGUUUAUGCAAAAAUAUAAUAGAUAAUAGUUAGGGAUAAACACUAGUGAUGACCUUUCUUUAUCAGAUUUUCUGAUAAAACCUAUAUUAUAUGAAAGAGCACAUCUUUUUAAACAUGUAACUGGGUUGCCUAAUCCUAGCCUGACAAGGCUAUGUUUAAUUGUAAAUAAUAAAUAACUAAAGUAGUCAAUUUUUGGAGGAAGAACACCUCAUCGAGUUGUAGCUGGCUACACUUAGCCUAUAAAUAUGGUCGCAAUUGUGAUAAAAUAAAUUAUAACAAAGGCGAAUAGUUUUCUAGCCCUUUCUAUUGUACUUGAUUUAAAAGAGAUGCAUAUUGUUUUGCAUUAUUGAGAGAUAGCGAGAUAUGAAUCGAAUAGUGCAGGGAUGGAAUCAUUGGCAUGUGACACAAUAUAUUAGGCACGUUACUGGUCAAUAAAUGCAUUAUUCACUAUUAAAAUGUCAAUAAGGAUUUAAUAAUAGGGAUCGAAAAAGAGUUCUCCCUUAGCUAAAGAAAUAUUUAAAGUCAAAAUAUUAAAAGCAGUCUAUGAGCUCAUUGAACAUUAAUUUAUAGAGAGAAAGAAAGACAAUAAUAUGUCACUUCUUAAUAGCUUACUAAUAUUAUUAGAUUUAACCUGCGACUCCGUCUGGGUGGAAUAAAAAAAAUAAGUAAUCUAUUUGUUC